UGGUCGGAAAAGCAAAAGGACCAUUGAUCGCUGCGGAUGUUUUUCUUUGUGCGCCUCUCGUUUUUCCUCCAUUUCAGUCACUUAACUAAACUGAAGCCUCGAAGACAUGUCCAGCAUUAACCACAUUACGGACUCAAACAUCAGUCAAUCGUCAAGUCUCGGCAGUCGUCUACUUUAGCGUAGCCCAGCUGCCCGCCCGCUAACAAACCUGCAGAGCGUCUCCAUCGACACGUCUUCAAUCGUUCAGAAAACAAGUGAAGAAAAUGUCCGGGAGAACGACACCGGCUGCAGUAAAGUUCCCGGAGAAAUUUUGUGGAGUAAAAAGGGACCCUCCACAUCACGAACACUCGACUGUGUGCAAAAUAAUGCACGCAAAGGUUGUUCUUCACAGACUAUCAGGUUUCAGAAAAUACCUUGGUUCUGAGCGGCAGAAGCCAGGAUCUCCUGGCGUUAAAGAGGAUGUUGAGCUCCCCCAAAUUAAAGAGGAGGAGCCAGAGCCCUGUCAGCAGAAGGGGAGAGAAGUGCAGCUUCCAAUUAAAAAGGAGGAGGAGGAGCUGCCACUCGUUAAAGAGGAGGAAGGUAUCACUGGGUUGACUAGUGAGCCCUUGAAGAGUGAAGAUGGUCGUGGCGGCGGCAGCAGCAGCUCAACAGAAGGAUUGCAAGUAUUUUCAUCAGUCAUUUACAUUUUCCUCGCUCCAUCAGAGAGAAAUGGCACCACGUCACACUCACCUUACAAUGAUGAUGGUCAUAAGCAAUUUCACAGUGACGACAAACUGUGCAUAUGUUCUCAGUGUGUGAAAACCUUUGCUACCCAGCAAACACGUAUGAUGAGCCACCCUGGUGACAAACCUUUUGUCUGCUCAGUUUGUGGUCAAAGAUUCAGUCGAAAGACCACCUUGAAAAUACACGAAAGAACCCACACUGGAGAAAAACCUUUUGCCUGCUCAGUUUGUGGUCGAAGAUUCAGUCACAAGCUCAGCUUUCAAAGACAUGAAAGAAUCCACACCGGAAAAAAACCUUUUGCCUGCUCAGUUUGUGGUCAAGAAUUCGCUCAAAAGCAACACUUGAAAAUACACACAAGAAACCACGCUGGUGAAAAACCGUUUCCCUGCUCACGUUGUGGUAAAAAAUUUGCUGAGAAGGAAUACUUAACAAAACACACAAGAACCCACACUGGUGAAAACCUUUUUUCCUGCCCAGUUUGCGGUAAAAAAUUCGCUCAGAAGGAUUAUUUAACAAAACACACAAGAACCCACACUGGCAAAAAACCUUUUUCCUGCUCAGUUUGUGGCCAAGGAUUCACUCGGAAGGAUCAGAUUAAGAGACACGUGUGUGUUGGUGUGAGGAGCAAUGGGCAAUGACUGUUUAGACUCUAAUCCAUGCUGACUUCAUCAGAUUUUGCACGCAGGACAAUUGUCUUCUGUCGAGCUUCCCCAAAUCCUGUUGAGAAUUGGCACUUUUGGUGCCUUACAUGUGCUUUGUCCAAUCAGUGUAUGAUGUGCAUCCACACUAUUGCCAAAAGUAUAGUCUCAUUGAUUUAAUUCUCAAGUUAAGUGCCAUUAUUUAUGUAAUACUCUUGCUCUUUUCAGGCAUGAAAAUCACUCACCUUUCGGCGAGAGUCGCCGUUUUGAAGUAAAAAUGGGUGUGUAGAUCCAAGGAGAAAAUUUUUAAAGGGGGGCGGGUCGUAAUUCCAUCUAACUAACUAACGACAUGUUUUAUUGAAGUUGCUAAGCCUGUCGCGGUAUGCAAUGAGUCCAUUUGUCGCAAGGUAAAUAAAAAUGAGGGCGAUAAUUUUCUUGGCUGUGUUGGUAUCACCGAGUGAGUGCGUGCUUGCAUGCAUACAUUUGUGCGUGUGUGUAGAUGUCAUAUGAGACUCCAGUUCGUUUCACAGAUAUUUAUUGUUGCUCAACACGCCGUAGAAUUACAGUUCAGACAUACAAAAUAAGGAAACACAUGUAU